UCGUUCAGACGAAGUCGCAUUUUGAUAAAGGACUUACGUAUGAGUCGUGUUUAAUAAAUAUACCUUAAACUAAAAUAUAUACAAAAUAAAUUAAUAACUAUAUUUAAACAGUAUUAACUAUAUUUAUACAAAUAAAUAAAAAUAUUUAUAGUUAAAAUAAAUAAAUUUCAUCUCUAAUACGUGUAAUAACUCGUAUAUUAUUAUUGUAUAAAAACAUAUAAAUUGUUUCCAAAAAAAUUUAAGAUACCUACUACGUUCUGCCACGCUGAGUGAAUUUUCAAUAAAGUAGAAAUAAUGAAUGUGAAUAAAUGUGACUUUCUUACAUUGUCAUGUUUUUUAACUUUAUUAUAUAUUGCGCAAGUAAGAAGUUCUGGGGCCUUGAGUCCUUUGGAUCCAUCCUCCUUUUCAAAGCCUGAUUUGGCUGUUAUGAAACAUGUGUCACUGGUUUGGAAUGUAGAUUUCGAUAGAAAAGUAUUGGAUGGGGCAGCUGUUCUUGAUUUUGAGAUAUUGCAAGAUACUGGAGAAUUGAUAUUAGAUGUGAAAAAUUUGACUAUAGAGAAGAUAGAUUUGGAGGAUGGUACGCCAUUACAGCACAAAAUAGAUGAUGAAGUGCCUAAAUUUGGAUCUAAGUUAACUAUCACUCUACCUAAACCAGUCACUACCGGUGAUAAAUUAAAAAUAAAAAUUAAAUAUGUGACAUCCCCGUCGGCGUCUGGGCUUCAAUGGCUGAAACCAAGCCAAACAUCAGGGAAAAUUCAUCCUUAUCUCUACAGCCAGGCUCAGCCGAUCCACGCGCGAUCAAUCCUGCCGUGCCAAGACACCCCAGCGGUGAAGUUCACGUACGAUGCGGAGGUGAGAGCGCCCAAAGAGUUCACGGUACUCAUGAGCGCGCUCCGAGGUGAGGCCAAAAACAACAAGACCAGUUUCCAGCAGCCCGUUCCGAUACCCGCAUACUUACUGGCCUUGGCUGUUGGCGUGUUGGAGUAUAGGACUGUUGGACCGAGAUCACAAGUAUGGUCUGAAAAAGAAGAUAUCGAACGUAGUGCACAAGAAUUCGCAGAAGUAGAGAAAUACCUCGAAGCUGCAGAGAAAUUAUGCGGCAAAUAUGAGUGGAGCCAGUACGAUAUGCUAGUGUUGCCGCCCUCUUUCCCUCACACGGGUAUGGAAAACGUUCGUCUUACUUUUUUCCCGCACUCUGUUGUGGCAGGUGACAAGAGCAUGUUACACAAUAUUAUUCAUGAGAUCAUGCACAGCUGGACGGGUAAUCUCGUAACGAAUAAAAACUUCGAGCAUUUCUGGCUGAAUGAAGGCUUUACCGUAUUUCUUGAGAGGAAAGUCAGCGCUUCAUUAAUAACGGAUGCUGAAGAGGCUAAAAGAAGUAGAGAUUUCCAUAGUCUGUUAGGUUUGCAAGACCUGACUGAAACUAUAAAGGAUCAUCUUGGUGUUACAAAUCCCUUAACACGACUCGUACCCGAUUUGAAUGGCGUACACCCAGACGAUUCAUUUUCUCAAGUUCCUUAUGAGAAAGGCUCACUGUUCCUGCGCUAUCUGGAAGACUUACUAGGAAGGCCCGCGUUAUUUGAUGAUUUUCUUCGUUCAUAUAUAAAGAAGUUUCAAAAGCAGUCAAUAGACACAAAUCAGUUUAAAGCGUAUUUGCUCGAAUACUUCAAAGAUAAUGAAAAACUGAAGAGCGUUGAUUGGGAAGCAUGGCUGUACGGCAGUGGCAUGCCACCUGUAAUACCUAAUUAUGAUACUUCUAUGACGAAAGAGGUGACAGAACUUCUUUCAACCAUCAACGACGCUAACACGACCCUCAACUACAAUGACGUGAAGAAAUUUACUCCCCACCAGUUCAUUUACCUGUUGCAACAAUUGAUUAGACAAUCUCCGCUUCCGGUUGAAAAAUUGCGAGUUCUUGGGGAAGAGUAUAAAGUCAGUGAUAGCAAAAAUGCGGAAAUAGCUUACAGGUGGUUGAGAUUGUGCAUCAAAAGCCGAGACAUGACGAAAUUGAACGAUGUGUUCGAAUUCAUCAAUCAAGAAGGUGUAAUGAAUUAUAUACGACCUAUCUACAGGGACCUAUAUGCUUGGGAGGAUGUAAGAGAACGAGCUAUAGAAAACUUCCUGAAAAGUGAACAAGACAUGUUCCCCGGUUCUGCAUACACCAUCAGACAAGAUUUACAUCUUAUUUAAUUACUAAUUAAUAAUUUUAUUCGUAAAUUUGAUCAGUUUAAUAAGUAAUCCGAACCUGUGGAUAAAUAGGAAACGAAUCUAUGUUAUCUACCACAUAUACGAUACAGAACGAAACAGAAACAUUAAGCCACUUGUUCUUUCAUUUGCAAAAGGUAGCGUAAAUGUAUCUACAGAUUAUAUCCCUAGAUACAUUUACGCUACCUCUUGUUAUAUAACGGUAUUUCGAGGAUAAAAUUUAAAAAUAGUUCAUAUUAAUUAUUUUAUAAAUAUGUAGAAGGUUAUUUUGUAAGUUUUGGAAUAAUUAAACUAUUUUUAGUAUUU